AUGGCGACUACGCAGGUGGAGAGCAAGCUGGGCAAGUCGCUUGAAGCCCUCAUCGCCGACGCGCGCAAGGACGCCAAGAAGUCGCCAGCGAAGAAGGGCGCCGCCAAGGGCGCCGGCUUGGCGCUCAAGGCCACGCCCAAAGCCCUGAAGAAGCGGGGCGGCGGGGCCAAGCCCGCUGCCAACGGCGGCGGCGGCGGCGGUGCGGCCAAGGUCAUCAUCAUGCAGAACGGCCAGCAGACGACAGUCAAGGACCUGACAAAGAAGCAAAAGAAGCAGUUGGUCGAGCUUCUCGGGACGAACGCGGCCAACGGCUCCGGCAGCGGCGGCGACGGCCCCGCGCCCGCCGGCGGGGAGGGGGCGAAGAAGAAGAGGCCGCGGGGCGGCGCCAGGGAGAAGCUCAAGAAGCUGAAGCAGGCCGCGGCAGCUGGUGCGGGCGGCGUGCACGGAGGCGCACGCGGCGGCGGCGGCGCCCCUGGCGCGAAGGCUCGGCCGGGGCCGCUGAUCGCGGCGCCGCUCGGCGUGCGGGCCGGUGGGGUGCAGAAGGCCAAGCGGAGCGGCGGCGGCGGCGGCGGCGGGGGCGGGCCCAGUAGGGUUGGUGGCGGCGGCGUUGGCGCCAUCAAGGUCAGGAUCCCGACGGCCUCCGGCUUCCAGGAGGUGGUGCGCGGCGGCAGCGGCAACGGCGGCGGCGGCGGUGGCGGCGGCGGCAGGCGGCGCGGCAGCGGCGGGCGCAGCGGGCGCCGGUGA